AUGGAGCCGUUGACCGCCGCCGACGGCGCAGGAGCGGCGCCACACGUCGUCCUGCUUGCGAGCCCCGGCGCCGGCCACCUCAUCCCGCUGGCCGAGCUGGCGAGGCGGCUCGUCGAGCACCACGGCGUCGCGGCCACGCUCGUCACCUUCGCCGACCUCGCCACCCCGGACGCGCGCUCCGCCGUGCUGUCCUCGCUCCCGGCCUCCGUGGCGACGGCCACGCUGCCGCCGGUGUCGCUCGACGACCUCCCCGCCGACGCCCGCGUGGAGACCGUGCUGUUCGAGGUGAUGCGCCGCUCCCUCCCGAGCCUCCGCGUGCUGCUCCGGUCCACCGGCGCGCUCGCCGCGCUGGUUCCUGACUUCUUCUGCCCCGCGGCGCUGUGCGUCGCGGAGGAGAUGGGGGUGCCGGGGUACGUCUUCUUUCCCACCAACGUCGCGGCGCUCUCCGUCAUGAGCCGCACCGUGCAGCUGCACGAUGGCGCUGCCGCCGGCGAGCAGCGCGCCCUCCCGGACCCUCUGGAGCUCCCCGGCGGCGUGUCGCUUAGCAACGCGGAGUUGCCGGACGGGUUCAGGAACAGCACUACGCCGGUGUACGGCCAGCUCAUCGAGGCGGGCCGGCAGUACCGCCUUGCUGCUGGCUUCUUGGUGAACACCUUCUACGAGCUGGAGCCGGCCGCCUUGGAGGAGUCCAAGAAGGUGGCGGAGAAGGGAGCGUUCCCGCCGGCUUACCCUGUGGGGCCGUUCGUCCGAUCAAGCUCCGACGAGGCCGGCGAGUCGGCAUGCUUGGAGUGGCUGGAUCUCCAGCCGGCAGGGUCGGUCGUGUUCGUGUCCUUCGCGAGCGCCGGCAUGCUGUCCGUGGAACAGACGCACGAGCUCGCCGCCGGGCUGGAGAUGAGCGGGCAGAGGUUCCUCUGGAUCGUCCGCAUGCCAGGCCUCAACGGCGAGUCCUUCGCCUUCCGCAACGGCGAAAACGAUCGCCGCGGCUACGACGACCCACUGGCGUGGCUCCCCGACGGGUUCUUGGAGAGGACGAAGGACCGAGGCCUCGCCGUCGCGGCGUGGGCGCGGCAGGUGCGGGUGCUGUCACACCGGGCCACGGCGGCCUUCGUGUCGCACUGCGGGUGGAACUCGACGCUGGAGAGCGUGGCCGCCGGCGUGCCGAUGGUCACGUGGCCGCUGCACGCGGAGCAGAAGAUGAACGCCGUCGUCCUGGUGGAGUCCGUGGGGCUGGCCCUGCGGCCGCGCCCACGGGACGGCGACGCCGGCGGGGCCGCGGCGGUGUCACGCCAGGAGGUCGCGGCAGCAUUGAACGAGCUGAUGCAAGGGGAGAAGGGGCGCGGCGUGCGGCGCCGGGCGACGGAGCUCCAGCGGGCGGCCGCUCGGGUCUGGUCGCCGGAGGAGGGGUCGUCGCGCCGGGCGCUGGAGGAGCUCACCGCCAAAUGGAAGGAGGCGGCGGCGGCGGCGCGCAAGUAA